CUGCCGCAUCGUCUCAAGACUCUCAACCUCUUCAUCUCUGUUGCUUUCUCUCAAUCUCUCUAACCAAAACCGUGAGGAACUUCCUUCAAUUCUGAUUUUCUAUACACAUCUUCCUCCUCUUUUUUUUCUACUUUAAGAACUUCAUAACCUAAUAUGCUUUUGAGGGUGAUUGAUGUUGUAUAGAUUUGUUAAGAAGAUUGAAAAAUGUUGGUAAGGUUGAUUGAUUACUGUAAGAAGCAUGUCGAGAAUCCUAUGAGAUGGUUGUUCUGCUGAUAAUGAAUUUGUUAAAAUCGAUUAGCCUACCUUGUUCUAUUUUAUCCGAUAAGAUGAGGGCUCUAGAGUAAACAAUGAGGUGAAGUUGCUGUUGGGUUGAACUUUGAUGAACUGAGAAAUUAAGAAUGUCAUGGGGCUGAGAAUGAUACAAAUUUGUGAUGUUUUUGGCUGAUUCUUGAGCUAAGAAUUCAGAGAAGAAAGAGUCUGGUAAAACUAAGCUCACUAUAUUUUUUGGUACUCAGACUGGUAUUGCUGAAGGAUUUGCUAAGGUAUUGGCAGAAGAAAUUAAGGCAAAGCACAAGAAAGCAUUUGUUAAAGUAGUUGACCUGGUAAGUGUUGCAUGAAUUGUUGUCUGCAGCUUAUGAAAUGCCUGCUGAUUACAGUUCGAUUACAAGUCUUACUAAGAAAUCUAGAAACGACGAGGAGGACCAAACUAGGGUUUCUGCUGCAACGAUGUCUUUAGGUGAUGGAAAUUCACAUGAAAUUGAUAGGGAUUUGCAUAGUAGACAGCUUGCUGUUUAUGGAAGAGAAACUAUGCGGAGACUUUUUGCUUCCAAUAUCCUUGUUUCUGGGAUGCAAGGUCUCGGUGCAGACAUUGCAAAGUUGUGAAGGAAGAGCAUGCUGUGACUUGUCGUACCGCGACUGCAAAGUGUAUCAAUGGAUUGUCAAGCCACAGACUACUGUCAAGUUGAAUGAGAUGUUUCUUCCUGGUCGAAUGUCAUUUAUAUUCGACAUGAUUCCCGAUAGUGGGUCAUGGAAUUACCACAUCAAUGGAGUGAAGCAUAACACUAAUCUGACGUGUGGGAUAAAGCUGGGAUCGAUGGUGACACUGAUAACAUCAGCUCGUUUGGUGGGAUAGCCUUGGCUUAUGAACUAUCUAUGAACUGAUUGGCAUCUGAUUGUUGCUUUUCAAUAUUGUAAGUUUUGUAAGUUACAAUGUAGGAAGUUUCUAUGAACUCAGCGAGUUUUUUAACUUAGAUUUUGAUACUUAGAAGAAUUUAUUUUCUUCUUUGAUUGAAAGUUAUAUGAAUUGAAUGAUCUUCUUGGAUUGAAAGUUAUAUGAAUUGAAUGUUCUU